GACGGAAAUAGAGCGAACGGCGACAUGUUCCAGACUCUAUCCUACUUCAAGAUAGAGAAGGCCUACGGUGGAAUCACCAGUUGCGAGGAAUCGCCGAAGUCCCUUGGAACAAACUGGAUGGAAGGAACAUGUGCUGCCUCGGGAUUUUCACAUCUGUGGUCCGAGAAUAGGAAGACAGGGCUGGCGACAUUCAAAAACUUCAAGCGCGUUGGUGCCAAGUGGGACAAUUCCAACAACGCAGCUUGAAAUGCGUAGCUGCUUCUACAAUCUCAUGGGAUUUAGGCAAUGUAGUGUAGGAUGAUGGUUUCAAGUAGGGGGUGGUAGCAAAUUCGUGACCAGCACACAACAGAUAGAGAGUUUCUAAAACAUCGGAA